AUUCCGAAUGAAGGAUAUUUGACAGCGCUGUGUGUGGAGCACAUCGAUGUUCACUUUCGUCAUUAAUGUUUAUAAUUUCGGGGCAUGAAAUAAGUUGUUAAUGAGAGCAACAUGAAGACUAUGCUGAGGCUGAAGCGGCUAAUGCCAGAAGUCCAGGGUUUAAUCUCUUUGUAGAGAGAGAUGACAAAGUCACAACAACUAAGAAAACUGCAUAGUAAUGAUACAGUGCUGUCUGUUGUAGUAAUGUGGACCAUAUGGGGAAACAGAUCCUUCUCAAACUCUUCCAUCCGGAGACUGGAGUCAAACACAUCCAUCCUUAAACAUCUUAUUUCCAAAAUCACUGCCACAGGCCCAAUUUCAGUAGCUGAAUAUAUGAGGGAGGCACUCACUAAUCCAGUGUCGGGAUAUUACGUGAAAAAUGACAUGCUUGGAGCAGGAGGUGAUUUUAUUACGUCACCAGAAAUCAGUCAGAUUUUCGGUGAGCUGUUGGGUGUCUGGUGUGUCAGUGAGUGGAUGGCAGCAGGGAAAUCCAGUGUGUUCCAGUUAGUGGAGCUCGGACCAGGUAGAGGUUCAUUAGCCAGUGACAUCCUGAGGGUUUUCAGUCAGUUAAAAGUUGUCCUGGGAGAGACAGAUAUCUCUGUUCAUCUUGUGGAGGUCAGCCCAAAGUUAAGCCAACUUCAGGCCAAAUGUCUAACUGGAGAUCAGACGUGGACAUGUAAUGAUGAUCAGCCUGUUUACUGCAGUGGCACCACAUGUACUGGCCUGCCUAUAUACUGGUACCACAGGAUAGAGGAUGUCCCGAGGGGUUUUAGUGUUUUCCUUGCCCAUGAGUUUUUUGAUGCAUUACCCAUUCACAAGUUUCAGAGAACAGAGAAUGGCUGGCGGGAGGUGAUGGUUGAUAUUGAUCCUGAAAGUCCAGAAAAACUGAGAUUUGUGGUUUCUCACAGUCCUACACUGGCCUCCAGCAUGCUUAUACAAAAAGAUGAAAACAGGCAACAUGUGGAAGUGUGUCCAGAAGGUGGAGUCAUUGUUCAGAAAAUGGCCAAUCGGAUUGCUGAUGACGGAGGCGCAGCAUUGAUUGUAGACUAUGGGCAUGAUGGAACAAAAACUGAUACUUUCAGAGGCUUUAAAGGCCAUCAACUCCACAAUGUCUUGGAGGCACCUGGCAUGGCAGACUUGACAGCAGAUGUGGACUUCAGUUACCUGAGGAAAAUUACAGGAAAUCAGGUGACCUGCUUGGGACCCAUCACACAAAGAUCCUUCCUGAAGAACAUGGGCAUUGACUCGCGCCUGCAGGUCCUCCUGAGGAGCUGUCAUGACCCCUCCACCAGAGCGCAGCUCAUCAACAGCUAUGACAUGCUAAUCAACCCUGAGAAAAUGGGACACAGGUUUCAGUUCUUCUCUAUGCUCAGUCGAGGUCGGCUGGCUCAAAGGAAAGGGAUGCAACAGGACACAGCGCCGUUGCCCGUGGCGGGCUUUGCUGAGCUGAACGUGCAAUGACAAGACUGUAAAUGGACAAAGAAACAUCCACAUGUUCUGAAAAACUAGACAACUAGAUGUAAUCUUGUGCUACAGACAUGCAUUGGACUGUACUGAUUGUUCAGUGUAGUUGAAAUACAUAUUUUAUUGUUUAAUGGUCUGCACUCUGUUAUUGCAGUAUCAAGCACAUUUCUCCCUUAUCUGACACACUCAGGUCUGUUCCUGGAGCUUUUGAGCUGAUGAUCUGAAACAAGUGUGUUAAGGAAGACAUACAAAAUUUGCGUUCGGUCCCCAGGAUAAAAGUUGAGAACCACUGUAUUAGACCUUUCUUCAAGGUCUAGAAUAUGGUCUGAUAUUUGAUGCAAGUAAACUCUUCUACCAGCUUAAAAGGGUGGGGGAAAAACAGGAAAUAGUAAACAGGUGAUGUUAACAGUGAGCAGAGCUUACUGAAUACUCUGUUGUAUCUUUCUCUUUGAUGUAUUUGAAUUUGUCUGAACAAAGUAAAUAAGUUCUAUAUAACAAGCACCCUUUAACCAGUGUCAGUGCUUGAGCUUAUUAAUGCUCUUAUGACUGAAACCCUUGCAUUCAUGUUCCAGCAUCUAGCUGUAGGCCUUCAUCCAAAAACUGUUCAAAAUAGCAAUGUUUCCCAACCUUGAAGGAACACCAACGGCACACAUUUAGGACCCAUCCAUUUCAGGUCUUAAGAGUCUCUGCUAAUGAGCUAAUGAGUUGUACCUGGUCUGUUUGAUUGGGAAGAGUUUGAAAAAGCUGUCUGAAAUCACCUCAUUUCACCUCACCUCAUAUAUCCUCAUUUACUGUUCCCUACUUUAGCCCAAUAAAAGUCCACUUGAAGGAGUGAAUAAAAACACUUGAGCAAAAUCGAAGUUCGAAAUCAAAGGCUGUACCCUCACAUUUGCCAUCGAGGCUGUCUCAUUUCAGAUAAGCAACCUUUUUUUUUUUCCAUAGUAUGAAAGAAAUUACUGCAAUUUAUGCCUCACAAGAAAUAAGUCAAUCCUAUAAUAUUGCUUCUCUAGACAAAUGUGGGCGACAAAUGUGACCUCUGGAGGGUGCAGCCUUUGACGUGAAACACAAAAAGCCAAACACUCCAAAAGUAGUCGAUCAAGUAAUAAACGAAGCAUGUAAUGUAGCAGGGUUUUACCUGUGACUACUGUGAUCUUACUAAUACCACAGUUGAGUUCUGGAUACAAUGCAUAAACUAUGGUAAAUUUUCAUAAGGGCAACUACAAAAGAGAAGUGAAUUUACUUUACUGCAUCUUGUUUCAGAAUCAAAUUCACAUUCUUACGUGACAAAAUCAUGACCUGUCCCUAACCUCAUCCUUAUGAGGCAUGUAAUAUCAUUGGUUAGAAUGUUUAAGUAUCAUGUGAUGAAUCUUUUUAUUUUCAUAUUCUGAAAUAACCACGUUUUUCUAGUUGUAGUUAUUGCAAAGGAAACAAGUAAAUUUAGCUCAUAGGGGAAUAAUUAAAAUUUAAAGGGGAAUAAUGGAAUUUGUGAGGAGAGGCUACGGAAUUAGUAACAGUGGAUUGACUACUAAUCCAACAAGAAGUUGAAACUUGUGUAUCUCAUUAAUUCUGGACAAAAUAUUACUUCUGUGGCCAUCAGAAAUAUAAAACACUGAUAAGCAAAGUAACAAAUUUGGGCAGUUCAAGGAAAAAAAACUUAACCACACUCUAACACAAAACACAAGCAUACUAGUUAGUAAUGUAUGUCUAUACCCAAAUGUCUAGUGCUGUAAAGUAUUUCUCAGACUAUGACCUGCAUGAACCAUCAGUUAUCGAAUUAAACUUAUUUUGGUCUUUGCACCAGUUCAGCGAGAAUCUGAAGGGUAAUUGUUCCUAUGUUUCUUAUGUUUGCACCCUUUGAUGGGCAUUUACUUUGUGACAGUUUCUGGAGAGGAUUCUGGAUUUGCUGAUAUAUAUAUAUUUUUAUUAUUAUUAUUUUUUAUUAGGUUUAUCAAAAGUAUACAACCCUAUUAACAAAAUUACAAAAAAAAAUAAAAAUAAUGAACAGACAAAAAACUGGUAACACUUUACAAUAAGGUUCAUUAGUUAAAAAUUAAUGUAUUAACUAACGUGAACUAACCAUGAGCAAUACAUUUGUUGCUGUAUUUACUAAUCUUCGUUAAUGUUAGUUAAUGAAAAUACAGUUGUUCAUUGUUUGUUCAUGUUAACAAGAUUUUAAUAAUGUAUUAGUAAAUGUUGAAAUUAACAUUAACAAAGAUUUAUUAAUAAUAAAUUAAAUAAAAUAAAAACUAAUACAUAAUUUGUUAUUUAAGUUAUGUAGACCAUGGAUAGACCACUUUGGUCCUGGAAGGCCAUUGUCCUGCAGAGUUUAGUUCCAUCCCUAAUCAAAAAAUCCUGUCUGUAAUUUUUUUAAGCAAUCCUGAAGACAGGAAAUUAGAUUUUUUUUUUUUAGGUGUGUUUGAUUAAGCAGAAAGUAAACUCAUUCCCAUCCCUGAUUUAGACCAUGUGAACUGGUUUGUGCAUUUGCUGCAGGAUAUGUACUAUGUAAGGAGUAAGGAAGCAUCUUAAAGAGGGGGAGAAUCACGAGUCUAUAGGCAUCUGUUUUAAUUCUUAUUUUGGCCUCCCUCAGUGAAUCUCACUCUUCCUGUCUAUGCCACAGUAUAGAUAAUCAACUCAGCCUAUCAGGCAUCAUUUUUGACUUAUAUGAGUUAUGACUUCUUAAUAGCUCAGUGAGCAGUCCCUCCUGUUGUUCAAGAAUGUAGUUCUGUCUUUAGGGUGACAGAUGUGGUUAAGUCUAUUAGUUAAUAAUUUUAACUAUUUGUUUAUUUUAUUGUACUGAAAAUGGGUUGUUGAUGUGACGGCAUUUUCACUGUCACACAUGACAAAAAUGAAUAUAGUUAGUAUUGUAAUCAUUUAAAAUGCAGAAAAUUGUUAAACAUUUCUUUGCCUGCUGUUAAAAAACUGCUUUGUUAUUAGAUGUUUUUAAUUUUUGAGCCAAAUCUCUAAAUUGUCCUAUGGUGUGACUGGUUCAAUAAAUUACAACUUUUAUAAAUUAAAGAGAAAAGUAUGUGUCUUUUAGUAAAUGGCAAUCCUUUUUUUCUAAAAGUGUACUUGAUACAUUUUGUCACUGAAAACUAUGUCCUCUGGUGUGACGCCAUAUCCUGAUAUUAAAUCGGCCAAUUCCACGGACAAAUUUAAUUAUUUGAAGAACCCCAUUCAUGUUACUGAAGCCCCAUGAGGCCCAUGUGCACAUGGUUAGUUUCUGUCUCAGAAUUGUUCAAAUAUUUAACUUUUUUGGAACCACUAUAUAAGUUUUGUUUUUCUUUUGGUGUGACACCCCUAAAUUAUAUUUUUUUAAUUAAAAUUUGUUUUUGAGAGAAAGAAUUGAGGGAGAGAAAGGACCUAGAAGUAUAGAGAGAAAAUUAACAGGGAUCCACACAGAAGGGAAAAGAUCCUAGAGAACGCAAAGUAUGAUGCCUUAAAAAGAGCAGUCAUAUACUUUAAAAAAAUGUGAUUUUUAAAAACAUGGUUAAUGAUGUAACAAAAUAUUCCUAAUGUUUAAUCAUUAACUAAUUUCUGCAGGUCAUGGAUUUCCAGACAUGUAAUUUAAUAGCCCUGAUAUACAGCAUCCUUAUUAAUAGCCUAAAAGAUUGCUGUGUUUAAAAACUUCAGUCUCUAAUCCGUGUAUAGUGCAUGGCAGUUUAGAGCAUGAAUCAGCAAGGAGUGAAUUAAAUAAAGCAAGGAAUUUGGACUCUGAUGUAUUACAGGGUGCAUCAGAGAGCUGGAGCUGUGGCAUAGAAUUCAUUCACCAAUGUUUUAGGUGUAAACUCAGAUAAUUUUGUCUUUAUUUCUUAGAAAACUAGACUUCAUUUUUUAUUUUGCUUCUCCAAUAAAUGUGUCUUUAAGGAUAUCUGUACUGGAAAACAAGAAAAAUAUUAAGGAACAAUUUUUUGCAGUGCAUGCAACAUUUAAUGCCAUGACUUUAUAAAUUUAAGACUUUGUGCUCUGAUUUAAUACCUUUUUAAGACCCGCAGAAACCCUGAUCUAACUAUUUUUUCUUGUUUCCAGGUUAGUUAUAUUUAUUGUAAAUUAUAUAUAUAUAUAAAUAUAUAAAGGUUUUUAAAAGUGUAAAAAAAAACCCUAAUGGAGAUGGAGAGUUUCAAUAAGUGUUAACAAUGAGAUUGUGGUUUUUAUAAUUAAUUAACACCGCUUUUGUCAUUUUUUACAAGAUGGACAAAAUUUGUCAAUAAAAAGUGAUUUGGUUUAACCAAAAUCCAAAAAUUACAAUAUUUUCAAACAAUGCUAACAGGCUGAUAUCUAGCUAGCCAGCAAAAGGACAAUCAAACAUUUUAUAUUUAGUAAAAGUUUUUAAAAUAUUACAACAUUUUCCAUGUUUUAUAGUGGUUGUACCAAAUGACCUGAUAUUCGGGAUAU